GCGCGGCCCCGCGGCGCGGCCCCGGCGGAGCAUGGCGGGCGCGGGGGGCGCGGGGGGCGCGGGGGGGGCGCCGCCGCCGCCGCCUCCCCCUCCCUGGUACCACCGGGACCUGAGCCGGGCCGCCGCCGAGGAGCUGCUGGCGCGGGCCGGGCGGGACGGCAGCUUCCUGGUGCGGGACAGCGAGAGCGUGGCGGGGGCCUACGCGCUCUGCCUGCUGUUCCAGAAGCACGUCCACACCUACCGCAUCCUGCCCGACGAGGAGGAGUUCCUGGCCGUGCAGACCUCGCAGGGGGUGCAGGUGAGACGGUUCCAGACGCUGAGCGAGCUCAUCGCCCUGUACCUGCAGCCCAACCAGGGGCUGGUCUGCACCCUCCUCUUCCCAGUGGAGAGGGAGAAGGAGAAGGAGCCCACCGAGGACAGGGACUAUUCGGAUGGAGAGGACGACAAGCCACCUUUGCCGCCGCGUUCCGGCUCCACCAGCUUCUCCGGCACCUCCGUGGGGCUCAGCCCCACCGGCCUGGGGAUGGAGGGGUCUGCGGAGAGCACCAACGGGCUGAGCAGCAUCUCCCACGAGUACCUGAGGGGCAGCUACACGCUGGACCUGGAGGCGGUGAAAGGGGGGGCCAGCAGCCUCCCCCACCUCAACAGGACCCUCGUCACCUCCUGCAAACGGCUGCACAGCGAGGUGGACAAGGUGCUGGCGGGGCUGGAGAUCCUCUCCAAGGUCUUCGACCAGCAGAGCUCCCCCAUGGUCUCCAAAAUCCUGCAGCAGGCGGCGGGGCAGAGCGGGGAGCAGGAGCUGGAGAACCUGGUGCUGAAGCUCUCGGUGCUGAAGGAUUUUCUUGCCAGCAUUGAGAAGAAGGCGCUGAAGGCCCUGCAGGAGAUGAGCUCGGCUGCCCCCCCCGCCCCCCCCCAGCCCCUCUCCCGCAAGGCCAAGUGCAUCCCGGUGCAGACCUUCGAGGUGAAGCUGGACGUCACCCUGGGGGACCUGACGAAGAUCGGGAAGUCGCAGAAGCAGACGCUGAGCGUGGACGUGGAGGGGGGGAGGCUGGUGGUGCUGAAGAAGCAGAAGGACUCGCAGGAGGACUGGAACACCUUCACCCACGACAAGAUCCGGCAGCUGAUCAAGUCCCAGCGGGUGCAGAACAAACUGGGCAUCGUUUUUGAGAAGGAAAAGGACAAAACGCAGCGGAAAGACUUCGUCUUCGUCAGCGCCCGGAAGCGGGAGGCUUUCUGCCAGCUGCUGCAGCUGAUGAAGAACAAGCAUUCCCAGCAGGAUGAGCCCGACAUGAUCUCCAUCUUCAUCGGCACCUGGAACAUGGGCAGCGUGCCCCCCCCCAAGAGCAUCACCUCCUGGUUCACCUGCAAGGGGCUGGGGAAGACGCUGGACGAGGUGCCGGUGGCCAUCCCCCAGGACAUCUACGUCUUCGGCAGCCAGGAGAAUUCCCUGGGGGACAAGGAGUGGGUGGAUUUUCUCCGCGCCGUCCUCAAGGACUUUACGGAAGUCGAGUACCGCCCGGUGGCCGUGCAGUCCCUGUGGAACAUCAAACUGGUGGUGCUGGUGAAGCCGGAGCACGAGAACCGCAUCAGCCACGUCGGCACCUCCAGCGUCAAAACCGGCAUCGCCAACACCCUGGGGAACAAGGGCGCCGUGGGCGUCUCCUUCAUGUUCAACGGCACCUCCUUCGGCUUCGUCAACUGCCACCUCACCUCCGGCAACGAGAAGACGGCACGGAGGAACCAGAACUACCUGGACAUCCUGCGCCUGCUCUCGCUGGGGGACAAGCAGCUGAGCUCCUUCGACAUCUCCCUCCGCUUCACCCACCUCUUCUGGUUCGGGGACCUCAAUUACCGCCUGGACAUGGACAUCCAGGAGAUCCUCAACUACAUCGGCCGCAAGGAGCUGGAGCCGCUGCUCAAGGUGGAUCAGCUCAACCUGGAGAAGGAGAAGCACAAAGUCUUCCUGCGCUUCGGCGAGGAGGAGAUCACCUUCCCCCCCACCUACCGCUACGAGCGGGGCUCCCGCGACACCUACGUCUGGCACAAGCAGAAGCCCACGGGGGUGCGCACCAACGUGCCGUCCUGGUGCGACCGCAUCCUCUGGAAGUCCUACCCUGAGACCCACGUCAACUGCAACGCCUACGGGUGCACAGACGACAUUGUCACCAGCGACCACUCGCCCGUCUUCGGCUCCUUCGAGGUGGGGGUGACGUCCCAGUUCGUCUCCAAAAAAGGGCUCUCCAAGUCCUCCGAGCAGGCGUACAUCGAGUUCGAGAGCAUCGAGGCCAUCGUCAAGACGGCCAGCCGCACCAAGUUCUUCAUCGAGUUCUACUCCCCCUGCUUGGAAGAAUUCAAGAAGAGCUUCGAAAACGACAGCCAGAGCAGCGACAACAUCAACUUCCUCAAGGUGCAGUGGUCGUCCCGGCAGCUGCCCACGCUGAAGCCCAUCCUCUCCGAGAUCGAGUACCUGCAGGACCAGCACCUCCUGCUCACCGUCAAAUCCCUCGAUGGCUACGAGUCCUACGGGGAGUGCGUCAUCGCCCUCAAGUCCAUGAUCGGCAGCACGGCGCAGCAGUUCCUCACCUACCUCUCCCACCGGGGCGAGGAGACCGGCAACAUCCGCGGCUCCAUGAAGGUGCGGGUGCCCGCCGAGCGCCUGGGCACCCGCGAGAGGCUCUACGAGUGGAUCAGCAUCGAUAAGGACGAGACGGCGGCCGGCAAAGGGAAGGUGCCGCUGGGUGCCAGGGCCAACCAGGACUAUGCCAAGUCGGUGGGACGGAAGCCCCCCGGUGCCGAGCCACCCGCCGCACCCCCAGCGAAGCUGCCGGAGGAGCUGGAGAAGGGCAACACCGCGCCAGCCCCCCGGCCCCCCGCCCCACACCGCGGCCCCCCCAGGGAAGAGCCUGCCCCGAGCCGGUGCACGGCGGAGGCGACGGGGGGGCCGCUGAAGAACAGCUUCAACAACCCGGCGUACUACGUGCUGGAGGGGGUGCCCCACCAGCUGCUGGCCCCCGGGGACCCCGGCAAACCCCCCCCCGCCAAGGGCAAGGUGCAGCCGGGGGUCCCCGAGCGGCGCCGGCGCCCCUCCUGCCGGGGGGGGGAGGAGAGCUCCUCGGACGAGGACACCGGCACCCUCAACCUGCCCCCCCCCGAUUUCCCCCCGCCGCCGCUGCCGCGCGAGCUGGAGGUGCCCCCCCCCAACCCCUUCUUCGGCACCCUCAAGGAGGACCCCAAAACCCGGCCGGCUUUGGGUGACCCCCCCCCACCCAAGCUGCACCCCCGGCCCUCGGGAUUCGGGAUGGAGGCGCCUGGGGGGACCCCUUUAACCGGGGGGGUUCCAGCCCCUGGGGGCAUUCCACCCCCCGCGGGGGUUCUGGCUGCCCCUGGGGGGGUCGCAGCCCCCGGGGGGGUGCCGUCGGUGGCGGGGGGGCUGCUGGACGACCGCUCCUGCUCGGUGCUGCAGAUGGCCAAGACGCUGAGCGAGGUGGACUAUGGCGGGGGGAAGGGGAGGGCAGCCCCCCUUCCCCCUCCCCAACCGCUGCUGGGCAAGGGGGGGCGCUUGGAGCUGCCCCCCCGCUGCCUGCCCCCCGACUACGGCCGCCCCCUCGCCUUCCCCCCCCACUCCAUCCGGGAGAGCAUCCAGGAGGACCUGGCUGAGGAGGCGCUGUGCCAGGGGGGCCGUGGCGGGGGGGCCGUACCCGGCGUGGGCGAGUGGCUGCGGGCGCUGGGGCUGGAGCGGUACGAGGAGGGGCUGCUGCGCAACGGCUGGGACGACCUGGAGUUCCUCAGCGACAUCACGGAGGAGGACCUGGAGGAGGCCGGUGUGCUGGACCCCGGCCACAAGCGCGUCCUCCUGGAGAGCCUCCAGCUCCGCAAAUAGCCACAGCUGGGAAUCCUGCAUCCCGCAUCCCGUGGCUGUGCAUCCUGCGGCCCAGCAUCCCACAUCCUGCGGCCGAGCAUCCCGCAUCCCGCGGUUGGGCGUCCCAUGGAUGCACGUCCGGCAUCCUGCAACCGAACAUCCCGCAUCCCGUGGCCGAGCAUCCCAUGGCCGAGCAUCCCAAAUCCCACGGUUGAACGUCCCACGGAUGCACAUCCCGCAUCCUGCGACCGAACAUCCUGUAUCCUGCGGCUGCACAUCCCGCGUCCUGCAGCCGAGCAUCCCGCAUCCUGCGGUUGAUCGCCCCACGGAUGCACAUCCUGCAUCCCGUGGCCGAGCAUCCCGCAUCCCGCGGCUGAGCGUCCCUCAUCCCGCAGUUGAGCGUCCCAUGGAUGCACAUCCCACAGUUGAUCACCCCACGGAUGCACAUCCUGCAUCCUGUGUCCGAGCAUCCGCAUCCUGCGGCCGAGCGUCCCGCAUCCCGAGGCCGAGCAUCCCAUGGAUGCACAUCCUGCAUCCCGCGGCCGAGCAUCCCGCACCCCGUGGUUGAUCGCCCCAUGGGUGCACAUCCCACGUCCCAGGGAUGCACAUCCCGCAGCCGAGCAUCCCCUGUCCCGCAUCCGUGCAUCCCGCCGUCACCAGCAGUAGCCGUCACCAGCAGCUGGCGGGGAGCACCGGGACCCCCCCCACCCCUGGGUGUUGGGUAACGGCAGGUUGGCAAGGGGGGGGGCGGGGGUGUCUGGGGGGGGGGCAAGGGGGGGGUGGGUCCUGGUCAGACAAUUUCAGUGGGGGGGUCCCGCCCAUGGGGCCUCCCCUCGUUUUAAGUUAUUUCUUAUUUAUUGAGAGAAGGGACGAGCCUUCGUCUUGCGGGGGGGGGAACACCUGCGGGUGGGGGUUCCAACGUGGCCCCUCGCAGCCGUGGGGGGGGGGGGGGGGGAGGAGGAAGAGGAGGAGGCUCUGAGUGAAGUCGUGUCGCAACGCAAGUGCCUUCGUGAUGCUGGGGAUGGGAUGGGGGGGCCCUGCCACCCCCCAUGGAUGGCACUGGGCAAAACUUGGGGGUCCCGUCCCUGCCCUGGAGGUCCCAUCCCCACCCUCGGGGUCCCCAACCCCACCUAUGGGGUCCCAUCCCCACCCGUGGGGGGGUCCGGUCCCCCCCAGGGGAUCCCAAUCCCACCCAAGGGGUUGCAUCCCUGCCUUGGGGGUCCCAAUUCCCACCCAAGGGGUCCCAAUCCCACCCUGGGGGUCCCGUCCCCCCCCAGGGGGUGCCAACCCUUGCCUGGGGGUCCCGUUCCACCCAGGGGGUGCAAACCCCACCCUGGGAGUCCCAUCCCCACCCUGGGGGGUCCCGUCCCCACCCAGGGGGUGCCAACCCUUCCCUGGGAGUCCCAUCCCCACCUUGGGGGGUCCCCAACCAUUCCCUGGGGGUCCCCCUCCCCCCCCAGGGGCUCCCAAUCCCACCCUGGGGGUCCCAUCCCCCCCCAGGGGGGUCCCGCUGCAGCAGAGCCGGACCAGUGGCCUUCACCCACUUCCCCCCCACCACCACCACCAGUGCCUCCGGGGUGCCCCCCCCCCCCUCCCAGUUUGCCCAUUAGGUACUUGCUGGAUCCGUCCCCUCCCGGGGGCUGCGCCAGCCUCGGGGGGUGGCAGCGGGGCUGGCACCCGCGUGUCUCCCCCCCCGGGGGUGCUCAGCCAGGUCUAACCGCCCCCCCCCUCCCGGGGGUGCUCACCUGGGUGUGUGUCCCCCCAACGGGUGCUGAUCCAGGUCCCCCCCCCGCGGGUGCUCAGCCCCCAGCCUCACCAAGUGCCCUUCCAGGGGGGUCCCCAGGGUGGGGGGGGGGGUGUCUCCC